AUGGCUGGAGGAAUCGGUGCCACAGGGACUUCGUAUGCGGCGACCAGGCGCAAAGAGUUAGCUGGAGCCUCAGGAUGGGCGGGUUUGGUCCACAACCGUCGCGUUUUCGCAACGUCUGUCUUCGCUUCACUUGGCGGUUUGUUGUACGGUAUGUGUUCCUCUGCGAGCGGGGUCUUCUCUGGCGUCCUUGGGAUGGCAUCUUUCGAUGAGAGGAUGGCUUCUGCAGUAGACCAAUCCGGAACCAAGGGCUGGCUUGUCGCUAUUCUUGAGUUGGGCGCAUGGUUCGGCGUCCUCGUGACGGGUUACUUGGCUGACAAAUUGUCGCGAAAAUACACCAUCCUCCUCGCCGUCAUUAUCUUCUGUAUCGGCGUCAUUGUCCAGACUGCCGCUGCUGCACCAGAUUCUAUUUAUGGGGGGCGCUUUGUCACGGGUCUGGGUGUCGGAUCGCUGAGCAUGGCCGUGCCCUUGUACAACGCCGAGCUGUCGCCGCCUGAGGUCAGAGGCAGUCUGGUGGCCCUCCAACAGUUGGCGAUCACAUUUGGGAUCAUGGUUUCAUUCUGGAUUGACUUUGGGACUAACUACAUCAAGAGUGGAGGUGUGCAGAGCGAAGCGGCGUGGAGGAUUCCUCUCGCACUUCAGUUGGUCCCUGCUAUUACUCUCGGCGUAGGUAUCUUGUUUAUGCCAUUUUCUCCUCGGUGGUUGGUGAACAAGGGACGCGACGACGAAGCUCUGAAGGUGCUCAGUGCAGCUCGCAGGAUGCCGCCCGACUCUGACUUGGUACAAAUCGAGUUCCUCGAAAUCAAAGCGCAGUACUUGUUUGAGAAAGAGACGUCGGAAAUAAACUUCCCUCAGUAUCAAGAUGGAUCGUACAUGUCGUCGUUCAAGCUCGGAUUACACGAGUAUCUUAGCUUGAUCACCACGCGCACACUCCUCUACCGAGUCGCGGUAGGAUCUUUGACGAUGUUCUUCCAACAAUGGACCGGCGUCAACGCCAUCCUCUACUACGCGCCUACGAUAUUCCAGUCGUUGUCGCUUACCGGAACCGCGAUUUCCUUGCUAGCUACAGGGGUCGUCGGAAUCGCCAUGUUCCUGGCCACCAUCCCCGCCGUGAUAUGGGUAGAUCAGGUCGGCAGAAAGCCUGUCCUGAUUUCUGGUGCUUUUCUUAUGGCAGCAUGCCACUUUAUCGUCGCAGUGCUUACUGGCUUGUUCCACGAAUCUUGGGCGAAUCACCAAGCUGCUAGCGCUGGAUGGGCCGCUUGCGCUCUUGUCUGGGUCUUUGCAAUGGGCCCUUGUGCGUGGAUCCUCGUUGCCGAGAUUUGGCCUAUGAGUGUCCGUGGCAAAGGAAUGUCGAUCGCUUCCUCGUCUAACUGGGUAAGCGUCCUUUCUGUGACGCCAACAAUGCUGGAUAAACUGGGCUUCGGGACCUUCGUUUUCUUCGGUGCAUUCUCCCUCUUGGGAGGACUAUUCAUCCUUUUCUUCGUUCCCGAGACGAAGGGACUGACCCUCGAAGAGAUGGACGAUGUAUUUGGGGACUCGGAGGGGCUGGGCGUUGCAGACCUGGAACGCCAACACGCUAUCCAUAGGAAAAUUGGGUUGCUGUCGAUGAGCGAGAAGCCCUCAGAAGUGAGAGAGUCAAUGACGAAGGUGUCUGAGGAGUAA